GAGAAGAGAAGAGGAGAAAAGAAAAACGAGAGAGAACAUAGAGCUGGAGACGACCUAUCUCCUCGGGAGUGCACUAGAAAUCCUGGGGGUGAAUGGCUAGGAGACGGACCUCCCGACGAACACGACGCAGCUCCUGUUCUUUUGGACGAAUAAUAUUACAUGGAUCAGAGUGGAACAGAUCAGAUCUCGAUUCGAUUUGUUCCUGGUUUCUUUUCUUUUUCUCUUUUCGUCGUCUUCUUAUCUCUUUCCAGCUUGCAAUGCAUCCAGCCUUGUAGGUCUAAGCAAAGGACGACCAAUAAUUAUAGUUAUGCUACAGACGAAAGCAGCACAAUGAUGGUCCGGGGCGAUUAUACCAAGAGGAUAACUGUAUGGAAACAAAACAUGCUUUGUGGUAUUACUCUUCAAUCAUGCCUAACAAACCCCAAAAUUUAUAUACUGAUAUCCCAACAAAACACACACCACACUCAACCCCUUCUCGAACCCUUUUUCAAUGUUGUUCAAGUACCAAUCUGCAUCCAUACACUCGCUCUCUAAACAUUACCUACAAGUCUCCUACCUCUCAAACCUCACGAUCCCAGGAAGAAACAACAAAAUCCCCAUAUGAAAUCCUUCCCGCCGGUACAUGGCGGAUAGCCACCCUUCCAAACAAACGUAAUUAGUAGUGCCAACAAUGGCACCACCCAUCACAUCAUGCACUCAAAUGC